UGCAAAAGAAACAAGGAGCGAAGGGGUUUUGCUUUCAAAACCACCGGCGCACAAUCGCUCCCGGUUUCCUGAGAUUCUCCACCGACGCGGGGAAUGGUUUUCUGAGCAACCAAACAGCUUUCUCCCUCUCUCUUUCUCUCGGGAUUUACCUCCUAUAAAUGAGCGUUGACGUCUUUUUCACAAGUUGUGCUUAAAAAAAUGGCGAAUAAAGUUGAUCAUCAUCACCAUCACCACCACGUUUCGAGGGGAUUGGUGCUCGUAUUAUCGUUAGCGAGUCUUCUGGGAAUAGGAUCCAUCGCGGGUUUUUUGUGGUCGUCUUCGUCGUCGUUUUCUUCUUCUUCUUCUUCUUCUCCUCCUUUCUCCGGUGUUGUUUCCAACUGGGUUCUCGCGAACUCUUCGAAGAUUCACGUGACGAAUGUUGAUUCAUCGAUUGUUCAGAAGAGAAACAAAGAGGGGAAGGGUGCAGAGGACGGUGACCGGUUCUUGUCGCCGACUUUUGCGGAUUUGCCAGCCCCUGAGUUAAAAUGGGAGCAGAUGCCAUCGGCGCCAGUUCCUCGUCUGGAUGGAUAUUCCGUACAAAUCGAUAAUCUUUUGUACGUGUUCUCCGGUUACGGCAGCCUCGACUACGUUCAUUCCCACGUGGACGUGUAUAACUUCACAGACGAUACUUGGUGCGCAAGGUUUAACACGCCUAAGGAAAUGGCACACUCACAUCUCGGAAUAGUGACUGAUGGGCGGCGAUAUGUGUAUGUGAUAUCGGGGCAGUAUGGUCCUCAGUGUAGAGGUCCGACAGCACGGUCCUUUGUCUUAGACACCUCAACGAGGACAUGGCUCGAGUUUCCCUCAUUACCAGUACCAAGAUAUGCACCUGCAACUCAGUUAUGGAGAGGGAGGCUUCAUGUGAUGGGCGGCAGCAAAGAGAAUCGAAACACACCAGCCACCGACCAUUGGAGCAUAGCCGUUGAGGACGGAAAAGCCAUCGAAGGGAGUUGGCGAGAAGAGAUUCCCAUCCCCCGUGGUGGACCACACAGGGCCUGCAUAGUGGCCAACGACCAGCUUCUCGUGAUUGGCGGCCAAGAAGGAGAUUUCAUGGCGAAACCUGGCUCGCCCAUCUUCAAAUGCUCCCGCAGGCGCGAGUACUUCUACGGGGAGGUGUACAUGAUGGACGACGAGAUGAAGUGGAAAACAUUGCCACCGAUGCCAAAGAACAAUUCCCACAUAGAAUCUGCAUGGAUCAUCCUCAACAACUCCAUUGUCAUCGCAGGAGGAACAACAGAUUGGCAUCCAGUGACCAAACGCCUAACCAUGGUCGGAGAGAUCUUCCGGUUCCGUCUAGACACACUGACGUGGUCUGUGAUCGGACGGUUGCCGUACCGAGUGAAGACAACGAUGGUCGGAUUCUGGGAUGGUUACUUGUACUUCACAUCAGGGCAACGAGACAGGGGACCCGACAAUCCACAACCGGGCAAAGUCAUUGGAGAGACAUGGAGGGCCAAGUUGAAGUUCUGAUGUUGUCAGGUCGACGACUGUUGUAGUGAUGAGAAAUUUACAUGAAACUACAGUAGAAAGUAUAUAUAUAUAUAUAUAUAUAGAGGCGAAUUUGAAUUCA